AUGGUGGCCCCGAUUCCCCCUGAAGGAGUUCUACCAUCAGACCAAAUCACUGAAUCUGAUAUAUCUCAAAUUUUUUCACAGUCGCCAUGGCAAUUCAAUUCUCCCUCUACCGAUCAAGAAUCUCUAGCCUUCUCAGAGAUUUCACCUCAUGAAUCUGCCUAUCAAACCUUUACCCGGAAGAUCAAGAAACCUCGCCCAGCACCGACCACCGAUUGGAUUUGGGAUUACUUCUCUACAACUGAGGUAUCCCGUGAGUGGAAAGUCCUCCGUACAGGGAAACCAAGGACUGUCGACAUGGAUAUCCAAUGUACAGUUAUCGAUGAGAAAACUGGUCUACAAUGUAGUUGGAAAACCUCGGAAUCACAAAGGCAGUCAUCAACCUCGAAUAUGCAGCGUCAUCUUGAGAGAGAACACUCAGUUCUUCCACCUCAAAGUUCAACUUCAAAGCAAAAAGAUAUCCGCCAAGUCUUCAAAAAACAAGGGAAUCUCUCAAUCCAAGAGCAUCUUGAACGGAACAUACUUCGAUGGGUUAUUCAAGACAAGCAAGCUUUUCUAGUCAUUGAAUCUCAGGCUUUUCAGCAAAUCUUUGAAGAUAUUCCAGGACUCACUCUACCAUUCAAAUCUCGAUCAACUCAAUUCAAAACCCAACGAUCAUUGUUGAAGGAGGACUUAGCUACUACAUGCAAAACAAUUGCAUUAUCUCUUGAUAUAUGGACAAGUCAGAAUCACUAUCCUAUCCUUGGUAUCAUUGGCCACUGGCUUACAGAGGAUUUUCACUAUCGUGAAGAAACUCUAGAGUUCUGUGAAAUCUUUGGACCUCAUACAGGGGAGAAUAUUGCUACUGUGGUUCACAAGGCCUUAGUGGAAUUGGAUCUCACGUCAAAGUUGACUACAAUUACUGGGGAUAAUGCCUCAAAUGUUCAAGAGAUGGUUUCUGAGUUAUGGUAUCUUUUGGAACAGAAUCAGAAUUCUUUACAACCAAUUCGAUUUUCUGGACCUAAUAGCUAUAUUCGCUGUCUGGCUCAUAUCUCGAACCUCAUUGUGAAAGACAUUCUUCGUUCCUUGAAAGCUGGAAGUGUUUCAGAGGCCAAUUCGAUCUGUGAUAAUCUACAAUCCAGGAAUCCCCAAUCGGCCUCAUCAUCAAGCUCUCCAUCUAUCUCAUCUCAAUCAGCAUUAGCUAAACUCCGGAUUCUUGCUAUUUGGAUUUCUCGCAGUCCUCAACGGAGGCAAGACUGGAAGUCAAUUUGUGAUGAGAUGAAGCUCGAUGAUAAAUUCAUUGGGUAUGAUGUAGAAACACGGUGGAAUUCUACCUUUCGAAUGCUUAAUGAUGGGAUACAAGCUCGAGCUCAGAUCAAUCGAUUCUGUGCUGUACAGGGUGAAAUUCCUCCCUUUACCAAUGCAGAAUGGGAACGACUUGGUCAGAUUCAUAAAGCUCUCAAAACCUUUAAUGACUUGACGCACUUGGUAUCUAUAUCAAGGCCACAAAUCAGUCUCACUGUCCCAAUUUACUAUAAGCUUCAUGAUCUUUUACGGGAGGAUGCCUUGGCAAAUCUAGACUCGAAUCCACAGUCGAUUCCAGACUUGACUCAGGAAGAUUCUCUCAAUCGCAAAACAAUGCGGUUAUGGAUGCUGAAAAAGCUACAGCCUCAGGAAUAUCAAUUUGUUUCUGAUAUUGAUCAGUACUUUGAUAGACCUCGGGUUACUGUUACAGGCGCAGAGGAUCCAGACUGGCUCUGCAAUUGGUGGCGUACCCACAAGGGUGAAUACUCUCAAAUGGCAGAGGCUGCAAGGGAAUUUCUUGCGAUCCCAGCUUCAGAGGUAUCAGUUGAGAGAUUAUUUAGUGGAGGGAGAGAUCUUUUGGGAGUUCGAAGGCAUAGUUUAGGGGCAGAUACUAUGAGGAUGUUGAUGUUGAUGAAAGACAUUGUUUAG